AUGAUCCUAGCCAUGUUCGGACCGGGUUUCCUCUCCUUCUUCGCUCUCAUCGCCUCCUUCUGCUCCCACUUUCGCUCCGUGUCCCUGACCCUGGUCUCCACCGUGGGCAGCUUCAGUGCAGGUGUCUGUGCCGUGAUCGCGCUGGCCGUGUUCACCAGUGCUGAUUGCCAGCUCAUCAUGCCAGGAAUCCUCUCCUACAGUUGGUCCUACGGCCUGGGCUGGCUGUCCUUCUUCCUGUAUCUUGGAACUGGUGCGGUAACGCUGCUCACCCCGGGAUCCUCUUACAGCCAACUGUGAGGCCCACGCUGCCCCCUAGGGAUGGAGCUGGGAGCUAGGAGGGCUGGAUGGAGCCUGCAGCGUCUUGGGGACGAACCCCAGGCAGGGUGUAUGAACUUCUGUGUGUGUAUGUCUGUCUGUCUGUCCUACUGCCUUCUGCUGGAGGGGAUGAGCCCUGCUGUAUGUAUACGUCACUUUGGGCUCCCAUAAACCCCCAUCGCAGCAAUUACCCCCCCUUCACACAGA